AUGCCGACCUCUUCCUCCCAAGAGCCACCACCAAAAGAGGAAAUCCGGACGCUCUUCAACGGGCACAUCAAACUCCGUGGUCGUAAUGACAAUCUGCCUCAAAAAUGGUGGGCCGCCUCGACAGCUAUCCCCCUUAUUGUCGCCACCAUUGGUCCGCUCUCCCACGUUUUGUCGAUCGCCUCCCUAGUUACCACAUGGAAAGUGACUCUUCCCAACUCCGGCAUUCUUCCUGAUGGCAAAGACGACAACGGGAUCGGCAUCCCGGAUCCAAAGUGGGAGAUCAAUUCCAACAUCGUUUCGCUGAUUUGUGGGUUUGCGGGAAAUUUCUUUCUGUUGCUGAAUUUCACAGGGAGGAUCCACUCGCCGCCGAUUUGGCCAGAGGUUUACUCCCAGGGGUAUUAUCAUGCCAUCUUCUCGGCAUUCUUCUACGCCUUGGGAGCGGUGCUGUUGGCGAUCAACAUGCUCGGAUAUCUGAGGGGGUAUUACCCGCAGCAGUUCGCUCUCGACGACGACCAAAGAACUCUGAUCUUGCAGACCAUGCUUUUCUUCGUGUGGUUGGCGGGCGGAGGCGCGGUGUUUGCCUGGUUGGAAAACUGGCCUGGGGGCUUCUGUGAUGGAUUAUAUUAUUGUGAUGUUACAAUACUAACCAUCGGUUUCGGCGACUUCGCACCCGCCACAACGGCCGGCAGGGCAUUCCUCGUGCCAUUCCAAACCUUUGGUCUUCUCUUUCUCGGUCUUGUCAUCUCCAGCAUCACCCGCUUCGUUGCCAACAUCUCAGCUGACAAGGUUAUCAAGCGGCAUCAAGAGCACUCAAGACAGUCAACGGUGGGCAUGUCGGUGACAAAUGAGAACGAGCUGAGAGAAAAGUUGGGGUUGCCACAAAAAAGGAAGGCGAGUGAUGCGAGAGGAGAAAGUGAAGGGAGGAGGGCGUUUAGUGCGAGGAGGUCGUCGUUGGCGCAGUAUGGUCGGUUGGAGGUUGCGGGCAGGUUGGUCACUUUUCGCCGGCAUUCUCGGGCUGGGCCUGAUGGUGAAAGUGAAGACCCCACAAGCGACGGGGUCACUCAAGGCAGAGAGGGAGAUGGACAAACGCAGAAUGAGACAAAAGAAGAGCAGGCUAGGCAGAAGAUGCUCAAGUUCGACUUUGGGAAUGAAAAGGGGAAGAGGCCCGAAUCAGCUGCUGUGGGUGAUGGCGGAAAGAAAAGGUCCGAACAAGACAAGAGAAAAGAAAGAAGACAGAAGCUAUUGCUUUUGAAGGAGGACAAGGAUCGGUUUGAUGCCAUGAGGCAGAUCCAAGGCGAGACAAAACGGUGGAAGCAAUACUGGGCCCUCGCUAUGGCCUUGUUGGCUUUCUCCGUUCUUUGGGGAUUUGGUGCUGCCGUCUUCAUGUUCACCGAAGCGCGAAUCUCCAACCUGUCGUAUUUCGACUCAAUGUACUUUUGCUGGGUGUGGCUGCUUACCAUUGGGUACGGCGACAUAACUCCCAAGUCGAACAUCGGCAAGCCGUUCUUCAUCGUCUGGUCUCUCAUUGCUGUACCGAUCAUUACCGUCCUCUUCCAAGAGAUGUCUUCCACUGUCGUCAGUGCCGUCAACCGUGGAGCCUUCAAGAUAGCUGACUGGACCAUCAUGCCCACCUCAAAACGUGGAGUGCUGGACAAGUACAUCCAGAAACACCCCUGGGCGAAGAGAUUCAUUGGUAAAAAGCCAGACGGGGAAGAGUCUGCAGUUCAAGCUGACGCCAAUACCGAACAACCAAAAGACCUAGCCAGGUCACCCGAGGGUACUGGUGAGCAGGACGAUGACCUCCCAAACCUCCUGUAUCAAACCAUCAAGUCUAUAGCGCAUGACCUUCGCUUUUCUCCCCGCAAGCGAUACUCGUAUGAAGAAUGGGAGCUCUUCACGAGGCUGAUUCAGUUUACCCAAACAGAAGAGGAGGUCGAACACGACGGACCGAUGGCAUGGGACUGGCUGAGUGAAGACUCUCCUCUGCUGGCGGAUAUCACUGAAGCGGAGUGGGUAUUGGAUCGCUUGUGCGAGUCACUUGACAGGUAUACCCGUUCCAGUUCCCGUCAAGAGCCACUCCCACGGGAAGAUCAUGAUGGACAGAUUGAGGGCACAAGUCCAGAACCAGAUCCUUUGCGUAGUGAGAGAGAGCCGGGGCCGCUUGAUGACAUAGAGGAGGAGGACGGUGAAAGAGGAAGGAGAAACCGGGAAGUCUCACAAAACUAA